AUGUCGACAAUAAAAGAGGAGGAGAGCUUUGACAUAGCACAUACAAGUGAAUCAGACUCAGUUUUAUUACUAGAAGAGGAAGAGCAACAAGAAAAGGAGAAAGAAGAACAAAUAUUGCAAGAUUCUGCAGCUACUUGCAGCCUAUGCUAUUGCAUUAUAGCAAUCUACUGGAUUACUGAAGCAAUACCUCUAGCAGCUACAGCACUCCUUCCUCUGGUCCUAUUUCCUGCCUUUGGUGUCCUUGAUGCUGAGAGUACUGCUAAGAAUUAUCUUCAAGAUACUACUAUGUUAUUUGUGGGCGGCCUGAUGAUUGCGGCGAUUGAGAAGAAGUGGAAUUUACAUAAGAGGAUAGCUCUAUUGGUUUUGGUAGGUGUGGGGUCAAACCCAAAACGGUUAUUAUUAGGGUUUAUGGUUGUGACUGCCUUCUUAUCAAUGUGGAUCAGUAACACAGCAACUGCUGCUAUGAUGCUUCCCAUAGCUCAUGCUGUACUACAAGAAACAAAGAAUCAAACUGAGGAAGAAGUGACAAAUAAUGACAACAAAUCUGAGGAAGUCAAACUAGUGUCUGCUCGAUAUUCAAGAUCAUAUGAUAGUGCUGGAGGAGAGAGUGAAGGAGUGUUGAUAGAAGAAUCACCAACAAAUGAAAGCACUUUUUUACAUGAUAAUUUUGAGAAGAGAAAUAUGAAGAGAAGAAAGAAAAAGAUGAUACUGAAAAUCUUUUUAAAAUCCUCCCGGUUCUCACAGCUUACUAAAGGUCUCAUGUUAGGUAUAGCAUACUCUGCUAAUAUUGGAGGCACAGCAACCCUCACUGGUACUGGACCUAACUUGUUGUUUCCUGAAAGUCCUGGCAUUAAUUUUGGGAUAUGGUUUGUAUUUGCUACUCCACUAAUGAUCUUGUGUUUAUUAUGUUCAUGGCUAUAUAUCUAUCACUUGUCUUUUGUAAUGAUUGUCCUUAGCCUGUCCAAUGAUGGUACAGAGACACUAUUAGAUUGGGAUAGUGUUCAACAUAAGUUACCUUGGAAUGUUGUCUUGUUGUUAGGAUCUGGAGUUGCAUUAGCUGAUGCUGCAGAGGUAUUUAGUGUGGCAUUGUCUAUUAAUCCUUUUUAUCUUAAUUUACCAGCAACCAUCUCAGCAUCUUAUGCCUUCAUGUUACAGUAG